AUGGUUGCAGAACUGUUAAAAGAAAAGCCACAUACAUGGUCAACGGGGAACCCUUAUGCAUAUUUCCGAUUGAUUUUAAACGGUAAGACCCCGGAACGAGCAACUGGAUCCGAUUUGACAUUGCCAUUUUUGGGUACUUUGCAAUGCCUCAGGGAGCCUGCUGUGAUUUUCGGACGCACAACAAUUUUCACGGCUGCCCAAACAAGGAAGUGA